UAGAGGUAUUUUAUAAGAACUCUUCGUGAUUCAACUUUUAAAAAAGUUAUUUAUCCACCGUUGAUUUUGGUAUCAUUCACAUUUUUAUUUCUUCGCUAUAAUUCUUGUCGUACGAAACUAAUUUCAGAUAAGUUUAAGACAAAUGAACAUGACGGAUACCUAUGUUUGGUUAUUAUUAUUCAUAGAUGUUAUUGCUGGUUUUAAAACUGGGAAAUCUUUCACCAAAAUGAUCGGUUCAACGACCAUCUUCACAACAGUUUCUGAACCUGCUCUGGAUAUGUAUCACUGUGCCUUCAAAUGUGCUGCUGGAACAACAUGCCAUAUCUGGGAAUUCAAGGAUGGUCAGUGUACGAUGGGGCAAAAAUUUGGUUUCGGCGGGAAUCAAUACAAUGCUACAGGGGCAUGGGAAGCACCACUAGUAUUUCCUGAAGAAACUCCCUAUGGAUGUGCCUGUAGAUGUAAGAACAACUCAGAGUGCACUCACUUUGUUUGGUACUCCAAUGGCUUUAAUGGAAACACGUGUACUUUAAGAAAAGAUCUUGGCGCUGUUGUAGAUCUUCACGUUAAAUAUCAAAUCGGAGGAUCUCUCAGCUGUUAGUUUCAUGAUUAACUAAGAGAUAAAUAAGUAAAAUUGGCACAAAUUGGUUAAUAAAAAAUAAAUAAAUUUUUUACUUUAA